AUGAGAGGCAAACAGUACCAGCAACUCAAGCCGGUUGGACCCCAAACAGACCACGACUAUGGAAGAAAGCUCCGGACCUACCAGAACCAAAAAAUAACCGACCAACCUGGUAUUAUGAUGAAAAUGCUUCGUAGGAAGCGGAUUAUUUUAUUUGUGGCCUAUUUCCUCCUUCUCGUCUUGACAAUGCUCAAUCUGGCCAACUAUAGAUGGAGUAAGGAGCCGCAGCAGUGCAGCCAUCAACUGAGAAACACGGUUUACCAGGGUAGGUCUGACAUACGCUUUCUUUACAGACCUGCACUGGUUAAAAAAAGACAGCUCGUGUAUGUCUUGACCACGUGGCGAUCGGGGUCGAGCUUCUUCGGUGAGUUGUUCAACCAAAACCCAGAGGUCUUCUUCCUUUAUGAGCCCAUGUGGCACAUUUGGCAGAAGCUCUACCCUGGUGACGCUGUGUCUCUGCAAGGAGCAGCGAGGGACAUGCUGAGCUCACUGUACCACUGCGACUUCUCUGUGUUUCAGCUUUACAACAGCCCCGGGGGCAAAAACAUUACCUCGCUCGGCCUGUUCGGCGCCACGCUGAACAAAGUGAUAUGUUCCUACCCGCUCUGUUCUGCUUACAGGAGGGACGUAGUAGGCAUGGUGGAUGACAAGGUUUGUAAGAAAUGUCCACCGCAGAGCCUCCGUCUUCUGGAAGAAGAGUGUCUAAAAUACAACACCAUUGUUAUCAAAGGAGUACGCAUUCUGGAUGCCAACAUUUUAGCUCCUCUGAUGGAAGACCCUUCAUUGGAGCUUAAAAUUGUUCACUUGGUAAGAGACCCCAGGGCUGUUGCGAACUCCAGAAUUAAAUCCAGACAUGGACUGAUACGGGAAAACCUGCAGGUCGUCAGGAGCCGGGAUCCCAAACUUCGGAGGCUUCCGCUUGUUGAUGGGGCUCAUAAAUCUAGCAAAAAGGAUGGAGCCGAUUACCACUCGAUUGGUGCCAUGGAGGUCAUAUGUGAUAGAACUCACCGGACUUUAAAAACAGCAUUAAAUCCACCCAACUGGUUGAAAGGAAAGUAUAUGGCGGUGCGCUAUGAGGAUCUGGUAGAGAAUCCAGUCAAAGUCUUGCGCAACAUCUACCGGUUUGCUAACCUCAGUGUUAAUCAUGACGUGGAGUCUUUUGCCCUGAAUAUGACUAAUGGCGCGAACUCCUCUGCUAAACCGUUCAUUGUGUCGGCCAGGAAUGCUACGCUGGCGGCAAGCGCUUGGAGGACGGUUCUUAGCAUCCAGCAGAUCAAACAAGUAGAGGAUUACUGCCAUCAGGCCAUGGCCAUGCUGGGUUAUGAGCGCAUAAGAACAGCCACUGAAGCGAAAGACUUAAGAAAAUCUUUACUAACUGCCUCCAAACUGUAAUGCCAACCUCUUGCCAAAGACUUUCUUGAAUGAUUUUUUUGUAGCUUGGUAGCUGUGAAGUACAAGCUUUAUUUUGUUGCAGUGUUUCAUUGAGGGAAUCGACCAGCCUCAUAAGAAUGUAUCAAAUUUUAAUUUUAUUUUUAGUUGUGGUAACUUUAGGUAAACACAGCUAUUCAAAGUGAACUCUAUAGGCUAUGUUUUUGACCUCUGCACCAUGACUUGAAUAUAAAGAGUUUUGAUGUUAUGUAAAUCACGUCUUGCGUCAACAAUGCUUUAAUAAGGUUGUUUUGAAUGUUUCAUCUUUAAUUUAAAAUUGUUUGCUUACUUUCAAAAAUAAGAUAAUGUGAAUGACAAAUAUUAACGAUGAAAACACAACCAAGCUGUCAUGAAUUGAAUCAGGUGAUGCUGUUUAGUUAGUGCAGGAUGCCCUCAGAGACAAUCAUUAAAGAGCUCUGUAAUACUU